CACGGUACGGUAGUGUCCCAGUCUGUGUCGUGCGAUCGGUGCAAUCAGGUCGCGUGACGUUUAAUGAUCGGAUCCGAUCGAUAAUUACCGUGGUGCGUGUAAAGUGCGUGUUCUGUACAGUGUAGUAAAGCUCCAGCAUGAAGCUCCAAAUUGUUCUACUACUAACGGCCGCCCUUAUCGGGUGCGGAUCCACAGCUAAGUUUCCUGCUUCCUUCUCACGGUGCAAACAGGAAGAUGGUAACUGUUUGCUGGAAGCUAUUACCGCUACCUUCCGGAACUUCCACAAAGGCGUACCGGAAAUAGGGCUCGUACCGUUGGAUCCACUGCGCAUCGAUAAAAUGGACAUCGUACAAGGCGAUGGACCAAUCAACAUUGUGCUUAACUUCAAGAAGGUCGAUCUGACUGGAUUUCAACAUGCACAAAUUAAGAAAGCCAAUGGAUUUACUUCCAACCCUACCAAGAUGGAUCUUAACUUGGUCGUACCGGUUGCAUCACUGGUUGGAGGAUAUAGAAUUAAUGGCAAAGUGUUGAUCCUCCCAAUUCAGGGUGAAGGAUCCAGCAACAUGACCAUGGCCGACUGUGAUAUCUCGCUAAAGUGGACCGGCAAACUUGUCGACAGGAAUGGGAAACAAUUUUAUCAGGUCGACAAAUUUAAGGUACACUUCGAUACGAGCCGAUUCUACAUGGACUUCUCCAACCUGUUCAACGGCGAUAAGGCGCUGGGUGAUAACAUGAAUGUCUUCCUGAACGAUAAUUGGCAGGACAUUUUGAAGGAGUUGAAACCGGCAAUAUCGGCGGCUUUUACGAAGAUUUUCGAAGCUGUCGUCACCAACGUUUUCAACAAGGUUCCGUACAAUGAGCUUUACAUGGAACCACAUAACAGUGCAAUUAACGGUGACAAGAAAACGCGCAUAAUAAAACACGAACAUAUCUACCAAUCUGCUUCUUACAGCCGUUGUAAAGCGGGCGACGAAUCAUGCAUCACUCAAGCCAUAUCCGACACAUUCCACAAGUACCAGAGUGGCGUUCCGGGGCUAGGGCUUGCUUCGCUGGACCCUUUGCGCAUCGACGAAAUGGACAUUGUGCAGGGUACGGGACCGGUUAACAUUGUGCUGAACUUUAAAAAUGUUGAUAUCACCGGGUUCAAGGAUGUGCUUGUGAAGAAGGCCAAAGGUUUUACGGCGAACCCCAACGUGAUGGAGAUGAAUUUAUUACUACCAGUCGCGUCCCUCGUUGGCAGUUACAAGAUUAAAGGAAAGGUGCUGAUUCUGCCCAUCCAGGGUGAAGGCGCUAGUAACAUGACAAUGGUAAACUGCGACUUCCUGAUGAAGUGGAACGGUGGACUAGAGAAGCGAAACGGCAAAGAGUACUUCCAGAUGAACAAAAUUAAGGCUACGUUCGAUACCACCCGGUUUUACAUGCAUCUGACCAAUUUGUUUAAUGGUGAUAAGGCGCUGGGGGACAAUAUGAACCAAUUCCUAAACGACAACUGGGAAGACAUCCUGAAGGAGCUGAAGCCGGCCAUCAUCGGUGCAUUUACGAACAUUUUCCGAGCUAUUAUAUCGAACGUAUUUGAAAAUGUUCCUUACGAUGAGCUAUUUUUACCAAAUGCUUAACUGCGAUAAAAGUAACGAUUAAUAAAUAUAAAUGAUACCUUGUGAUGUCGAUAUAGAA